CCCUCCCGCCCGCCCUCUUUCUCUCUCGCACAGAGUGUAAAAUGGCGUCUCAGUUUCAUCCUCAGACGCCGCUGCUCCGUCUUCACCCCGUGGUCCUCUGCGCCGCCGCCGACAGCUGCGAGAGGCGCAACGAGGACUCGCGGCGCGUCAUCGGCACGUUACUAGGAACGGUGGAUAAACACACAGUUGAAAUCACAAACUGCUUCUCGGUUCCUCACAAUGAGUCGGAAGAUGAGGUCGCCGUUGACAUGGAAUUUGCUAAGAACAUGUACGAAUUACACAAGAAGGUGGCUCCAAAUGAGGUUAUUGUUGGCUGGUAUGCCACAGGCCAUGACAUCACUGAACACUCUGUGUUGAUCCACGAAUAUUACAGCCGAGAGGCUCAAAACCCGGUACAUCUAACAGUAGACACAGCUCUGCAGUCAGGACGGAUGGAUAUCAAAGCAUAUAUCAGCACUCCGAUGGGUGUUCCAGGUAAAACUAUGGGUCUCAUGUUCACUCCUCUGAAUGUGACAUACGUUUACUACGAUACAGAGCGAAUUGGAGUUGACGUAAUACAGAGAACACGCUCCUCUCUCACUCGCACCAUGGGUUUGACCUCCGACCUCCAGCAAGUAGGCGUGGCCGCUUCUCGAAUUCUGGAAAUGUUAGUCACCAUUCUCCAGUACUCGGAGCACGUUCUGUCAGGGAAGGUGACAGCUGAUAACAAUGUUGGACGCUUUUUGAUGGAUUUGGUGAAUAAAGUUCCCCGAAUUUCAGCCGAGGAUUUUGAGGCAAUGCUGAACACCAACGUCAACGAUUUAUUGAUGGUGACGUAUCUGUCAAACUUGACACAAGCUCAGAUAACUUUGAAUGAGAAACUGGUAGCUUUAUGAAAUCAUCACCUAUGUUCUCUCCACUCUCUGUCUCAUGCUUUCUGACGAGAGACAGAGAGAGUGUCUAACCUCUUAAUAAACUCGAGUGUUUAUAUGUGA